AUGGAAAACGACGGCCGGGUGGUGGAGCUCGACUUGGAAGACGUUGACCUGACCGCAGCGUUGCCAGCUGAGCUUGGGCGCCUGAGCGCGCUAAGGGAGUUGAACGUUAGCCGUAAUGCGCUGACGCUCUUGCCUGUGGAGAUCGGGCAGCUCACGUCGCUGGUGAAGCUGAGCCUCACCGAAAAUCAGCUGACGAGCGUGCCGGCGGAGAUCGGGCAGCUCGCAUCGCUGAGGGUGUUGGACCUCAGCGACAAUCAGCUGACGAGCCUGCCGGCGGAGAUCGGGCUGCUCACGGCGCUGCAGGAGUUGUACCUCUACGGCAACCAACUGACGAGCGUGCCGGCGGAGAUCUGGCAGCUCACGUCGCUGAGGAAGUUGUUGCUCGACGACAAUGAGCUGACGAGCGUGCCGGCAGAGAUCGGGCAGCUCACGUCGCUGGAGGUGUUGGGCCUCACAGACAACCAGCUGACGAGCGUGCCGGCGGAGAUCGGGCAGCUCGCGUCGCUGACGGAGUCGGGCCUCAGCGGCAAUCGGCUGGCGAGCGUGCCGGCGGAGAUCGGGCUGCUCGCAUCGCUGACGGAGUUGUUCCUCAGCGGCAAUCAGCUGACGAGCGUGCCGGCUGAGAUCGGGCAGCUCACGUCGCUGCAGGAGUUGUGGCUCGACGACAAUGAGCUGACGAGCGUGCCGGAGGAGACUGGGCAGCUCGCGUCGCUGAUGGUGUUGAGCCUCAGAGACAAUGAGCUGACGAGCGUGCCGGCGGAGGUCGGGCAGCUCACAUCGCUGAAGAGUUUGUACCUCUACGGCAAUCAGCUGACGAGUGUGCCGGCGGAGAUCGGGCAGCUGACGUUGCUGACAGAGUUGUUCCUCGACGACAACGAGCUGACGAGCGUGCCGGCAGAGAUCGGGCAGCUCAGGUCGCUGGAGAAGUUGUACCUCGACGACAACAAGCUGACGAGCGUGCCGGCAGAGAUACGCGAGCUCAGAGCGGCGGGCUGCAAUGUGGAGCUGGAUGACGGCGUCACGGUGGACGAGUGA